AUGGACCCUCAUGCCCACAGGACGCCUUCGCCGGGCCACCCGCUCCAGCAUGGCUACCAACUCGACGACAAUCCCUAUGGCCAGAACCCAUCCUCGUCGCACCUUCAAAUGCCCUUGGGUCCGCCCGGUACUGGCAGGACGUACACCCCUGCAGAUUCCCUACACAUGCAAACAGCUCAAUCAAUGGAGAACAUCGGGGGCCGUAACUACGACCAGCACGUUGGAUACCAAGACUAUGCUGUUAACCCCGAGGCCCACCACGACGGCUACUACAACCAACCUUACGAACCCCAGCCGCAGGCAGCGCAACCGGGCUUUGAGCAAGGUUUCGAGUAUGAUGAUAGACGACCAAUGCUGCAACACCAAGAUUCUAGUAUUAGCGCAGCCUACAGCGACCAGCCUCAGCAGCAACAACAGGGAGGAGGGCUCAAGCGCUGGAAGACCGUGAAAGAAGUGUUGUUAUAUCGAGGCAACUUGGUGUUGGACUGCCCUGUUCCGCCGAGGCUGCUGAAUCAGGUCCCCCACGGCGACCGAGACGAGUUCACCCACAUGCGAUACACAGCAGCAACUUGCGAUCCAAACAAUUUCUACGACGAGAACUUCACCUUGCGACAGAAGCUGUUCAGCAAGACCAGACACACGGAAUUAUUCAUUGUCGUCACAAUGUACAACGAAGAUGAGAUCCUUUUCGCCAGGACCAUGAUCGGUGUGCUCAAGAACGUGGAGUACAUGUGCAAGCGAACCGAGAGCAAGACCUGGGGCAAGGACGCUUGGAAGAAGAUCGUGGUUUGCAUUGUCAGUGACGGUCGUGCCAAGAUCAACCCCAGGACGAGGGCCCUCCUCGCUGGUAUGGGCGUGUACCAGGAGGGCAUUGCCAAGCAACAGGUCAACAAGAAAGAUGUGACGGCUCAUAUCUACGAAUACACGUCACAGGUUGGCAUGCAGAUCAAGAACGAUGUCGUCCAGUUGGUGCCGAAGCAGCAGCCGGUCCAAUUGCUGUUUUGUUUGAAGGAAAAGAACCAGAAGAAGAUCAACUCCCACCGAUGGUUCUUCAACGCUUUCGGUCGUGUUCUGGACCCCAACAUUUGCGUUCUGAUUGACGCAGGAACAAAGCCUGGCGGUAACUCAAUUUACCACCUUUGGAAGGCUUUUGACCUAGAACCAAUGUGUGCUGGUGCUUGUGGAGAGAUUAAGGCUAUGUUGGGUACUGGUGGCAAGAACCUUGUCAACCCACUGGUUGCUGCCCAGAAUUUCGAGUACAAGAUGAGCAACAUCCUCGACAAGCCACUUGAGUCCGCGUUCGGCUUCAUAUCGGUGUUGCCGGGUGCCUUCUCAGCAUAUCGAUAUGUUGCUCUCCAAAAUGACAAGAAUGGUCUGGGUCCUCUGGAGAAGUACUUCGCCGGCGAGAAGCUCGAGGGUGCUGGUGCGGGUAUCUUCACUGCGAACAUGUAUCUCGCUGAAGACCGUAUUCUGUGCUUCGAGCUUGUCACUAAGCGGAAUUGCCAUUGGAUCCUCCAGUACGUCAAGUCGGCCACUGGUGAGACUGAUGUUCCCGAUACCGUUACCGAGCUCAUUCUGCAACGACGUCGGUGGCUGAACGGGUCUUUCUUCGCUGCCAUCUAUGCUAUUGCACACUUCUACCAGUUUUUCCGCUCGGAUCACUCCCUGAUGCGGAAGCUGGCCUUCUUUGCUGAGUUCACGUUCAACACUAUCAACAUGAUCUUCGCGUGGUUCGCUAUUGGCAACUUCUUCCUGGUCUUCAAGAUAUUGACAACCAGUCUGGGCGACGACACACUCCUGGGCACCGCUGGCAGUAUUCUCGGCGUCGUAUUUGAAUGGCUAUAUGGCAUCUCGCUCAUGACUUGUUUUGUUCUCUCAAUGGGUAAUCGACCAGCUGGUUCGGGGCCAUACUACAUGGCAAUGGUCGUCUUCUGGGCAAUCAUCUUUAUCUACCUGAUGUUUGCGGCCAUUUACAUCUCUGUGGUAGCCAUCCAGACGGACAUCAACGACGCCGACGGUUUCAAUGUUACCGAUCUCUUCAAGAACCAAGUCUUCUACACGUUGAUUGUCUCGGUUAUGUCGACCUACGGAAUCUGGCUGAUUGCCUCGCUUCUCAUGUUCGACCCUUGGCACAUGAUUACGUCUCUUGUGCAGUACAUGCUGCUGACCCCGACCUUCACCAACAUUCUCAACGUUUACGCCUUCUGCAAUACCCAUGAUAUUUCGUGGGGAACUAAAGGUGAUGACAAACCGGAAAAGCUGCCGUCAAUCGAUCUCAAGGACGGCCAAGGCAAGACGGAUCUUCCCGAUGAGGGCGAUCUGAACGCCCAGUAUGACCGCGAACUGCAGGUCUUCAGUCGUAAGCCUGUUAAGGAUUCCAAACCCCCCACGGCUGCUCAGCUCGACGAAAAGCAACAGGACUACUACCGUGGUGUUCGUACAGUGGUCGUCCUGGCAUGGAUGAUUUCCAACUUUGCGCUGGUCGCGGUCGUAUUGAGUGCUGCUGGUUUGGAAAAGAUCGGGACGUCAGCAAGUACCACUCAAGACUCAGAUGCGGCGGACAAGGCAGAAACGACUAGGACGACCAUCUACAUGGCCGUGGUGCUUUAUUCCGUGGCUGUGCUCUCGGGUUUCAAAUUCCUCGGCGCAAUGUGGUUCCUCGUGGUCAGGAUGUUUAGGGGUGUCUGA